AAUUUAACCUCAAACAAACAUUCUGGUAAUAAAUUCUGCAAGGAAAGAGACAUGAAAGCUCUAACCACUUCCCUCUUCUUUCUCCUUUUCUGUAUACCUCUACUCCCCAACUUCACUGCUCCCCAGAUACUAUUUCAGGGGUUCAAUUGGGAAUCAUGGAAGGAGGAAGGAGGAUGGUACAAAUCUUUAAGCAAGUGCACACCUCAACAACUAGCUUCUUCUGGGAUUACGCAUGUUUGGCUUCCUCCACCUUCUCAUUCUGUUUCACCUCAAGGAUACAUGCCUGGAAGGCUCUAUGAUCUGAAUGCAUCAAGAUACGGAAACCAAGAUGAACUCAAGGCGCUGAUAAACACCUUCCAUGACAACGGGAUACAAAGCAUUGCAGAUAUAGUCAUAAACCACAGAUGUGCAGAGAAGAAAGAUGAAAGAGGAAUAUGGUGCAUCUUCGAAGGAGGAACUCCAGAUGAUCGCCUUGAUUGGGGGCCGUCUCUUAUUUGCAGCGAUGACAUAGCUUAUUCCAAUGGCAAGGGCAACCCUGACACUGGAGCUGACUUCAGUGCUGCUCCUGACAUUGAUCACAUAAACACAAGAGUCCAGAGAGAGCUCUCAGAUUGGAUGAAUUGGCUAAAGACUGAAAUCGGGUUCAGUGGAUGGCGAUUUGAUUUUGUCAAGGGAUACGCUCCAGAAUUCACCAAGUUGUUUGUGACAAACACAAGGCCUAGUUUCUCAGUAGGGGAACUUUGGAACUCCCUUGCUUAUGGAAGUGAUGGAAAACUCGAGUACAAUCAGGAUGCUCACCGUCGAGCACUUGUGGGAUGGGUAGAGGGUGCUGGUGGAGAUGUUACAGCAUUCGAUUUUACUACAAAAGGGAUACUUCAAGCCGCAGUCCAAGGGGAACUAUGGCGGAUGAAAGAUUCGAAUGGAGGGGCACCAGGAAUGAUUGGCUUGUCGCCAGGAAAGAGUGUAACUUUCAUAGAUAAUCAUGAUACAGGUUCUACACAGAACAUGUGGCCAUUUCCAUCAGAUAAAGUCAUGCAGGGAUAUGCAUACAUUCUUACUCAUCCGGGAAUCCCCUCAAUCUUUUAUGACCACUUCUUUGACUGGGGCUUGAAAGAGGAGAUCACUAAACUCGUUGCAAUCAGAUUAAGGAACGGGAUCGGACCUGACAGUGCCUUGCGUAUUCUAGCAUCUGAUGCAGAUCUGUAUGUAGCUGCCAUAGAUGAGAAAAUCAUAGCAAAGAUUGGUCCAAGGUAUGAUGUUGGGAACCUUGUACCUCCAACCUACCAAAUUGCAACUUCUGGAAAUGAUUACUGUGUGUGGGAGAAAAAAGCAGGAGCCUUGUUGGAAUGAACUAAUUAAUUACAAAUUUCUGCAUUACAAGUGUAUUAUAUGCUUAAUUAUUGAGGAUAAAGCAAAUAGUAGUCCUCAACCAAAAUAGAAAUUGGGGUCUUUUAAGCCCCGAUUUGAGACUAUAACAUGUGUAGAUUCUCUGGAAGCAACAAUUUGGCGGAA